AUGACGCAACUAAACUCAAGACCAGCAACUGAGCACCUUAGCAGUAGAGGCACACAACAAGAGGCAAGAAGUCUACAUAAAAUAAAGGCCAAGUAUAAUAUCGAAAACCUCACAUAUCAGGAAUAA